AUGGAGGAGGAAACGAAAGUGGAAGAAGGAAUACAGUUAAGUGAAGAAAUUGGAUACGUGCUGUAUUCGGCGUUAGGUUCCUUCUACAUCCCUUCCUGUAUAAUGGUGUUCGUGUAUAUCCGGAUAUACUUCGCGGCGAAAGCUCGCGCCAGAAGGGGAAUAAAAAAACCGCCCCGACGUCCACCACAUGAUGCCGUAACCAGCUUUUCAAACGUGCCUGGGGAAUCAAAAAAUGGAGCGGAUGUUCCGGCUAGUGGGUCUCUCGAUCGUAAUAGUAACACAUCGCCUCGUGACGGCGAAAGACAAAUCGCCACUAUAGAAUCACACCCCCAACCAAUGAUCAUUCCUACAGUCACUUGUGAUUUAGCUUCCGAUAUUUCAACAAGCGAUGCGGGCGAGAUUCCUACGGAGGGCAUGGAGCAAAAAGAUACCUUAAAGGACGUGAUUGAAUCUCAUCGACCCACCGGCAGUCCCCCUGGAGACAUGUUGGAAUUAAGUCCCGCACAUGUAUUUACAACCGCCCAAGUAGGAAGAAAUCCCAUAUCGCAGUGCCAGUAUAGAGGGUCCACACUCUCCGUCAACGGAGAACUUCAGCAGCAGGCAGCCGCAGCAGCACGUGCCCGGCAGCCAUCCGUAGGUAUAGAUACAGACAUGGUUAGUGAGUUUGAUCCGAGCAGCUCGGAUUCCGGUGUAGUGUCACGUUGUGCCGUAGUGAAACCUUUAAAACUCCGAUUGUGUAGACCAAUCUUCGGUCGGCGGACUGCGAAAAGCCGCCGUAGUGAAGAAAGUAAACCGGCAAAAAGUACAAAAAGUGUUGAACAGGUGGUGCCGCGAGUGCAAAAACCCCGUGAUCCGGAGCGCGAAAAGCGACGAAUAGCGAGAAAGAAGGAGAAACGGGCGACACUAAUUUUAGGUCUUAUAAUGGGUUCAUUUAUUGCGUGUUGGCUCCCAUUUUUCUUUAUGUACAUUUUACGAUUAGCGUACGAUAUUCCGGGUAUAGCCUUUGCGACCGCUUUUUGGUUAGGCUAUAUGAAUUCGGCUCUUAAUCCUGUAAUUUACACGAUAUUCAAUAAGGAUUUCCGAAGGGCGUUUAGACGUAUACUGUUUAAGUGAUGUUUAGCCUACGUGUGCUGCUACGAGUGCGUGAGCAGGCGCAUACGCACCGCGCAGUACCGAAGUGCACCCAGCGCUCUCUAUCGGAACUGAUUUUCGACAAUCGUCAUCUCACCUUCACGUGUACAAUACUAUCGCAAUAUCAUUAAUACUGCGUUGUUACAUUAUCUUUCAUAAGACGUCCGUGACGUCCUGCGUUUGCGAACUGUUGGAAAGCAGUUCGUCGAAAGCGCUUUUACCAGUAGCUAUGUAAUAUAUUAUAAUAUAAAGAAUACUUUUACUGUAAUAAUAAAUAUGGAGCAAUGACUACCACUGUGAUAACAUAACGCUUUCAUUCUGGAAUUUAUCUUAAAUAAUUUUAUCUAAAAAACAACAGAUCCUAUUGUACGUGUUUUAAAAGUCAUCAAUGUUUAGACGUUUCUUUUCUUCUAAAUUAUAUAGGUACCUAAAAGUUAUGUAAAUGACAUUAUUAUUAUUAUGAUUAUUAUAUCUAAGUGUUGGUGCGAAUGCGAGUACAUACAAGAAAAAUGCGUUAUUAUAUUAUAAUAGUUUAGACACCAAUUUAUCAUAUAAAUUUCUAACGGCGUAAAGCGCCAAACUAUUGUACGCCCUCCGGUAGACCAUCGCAAGUUAUUGACAUUGCCUUGGCGAGGUCUCCAGCGGCAGUCUUCCAUGAGCCCGCGGGGAUUGCCCCCGACUCCUGACAAACUUUUGCAACGAAACUAUGGUGCUAUUGACUGUUCGCCGGCCGACGUCCGGGGUUCCACUCCAGAAUCCCAGCCGGCGGCUACGUGGCGCCCCGCGUGGUGAAUUCGAGAGCCGCCCUGAGCCCGCGGCUCACGAAUUCAAAAGCUCUGUAUAUCUUGUUACAUCUUUAGACUAUAAUUACCUUAUUGUUACAUGAAAACAAAAUAUACCUAUUACUGUACUGUAUUUGUGUGUAUGUACGUUUUUUCGUGAAUACUAAUAUAAUUAUAUAAUAGGUAUAAAUAAAUGA